AUCUCCACAUCGCUUUCGAUAUGUCGCCGUCCUUCACCCUCAAGGCCGCCUCCCUCGCGGCAUUGGCCGUCACUGCGUCGUGCGCCAACCUGCCAUCUGACAACAACCUCUGGAAAGUGCCUAAGCGCAUCAACGAAGGAUCGAACGAGGUCCAAUGGAAACAGCUUCCUGCGAAUGCGGUCAAGGUCACCGUCGCUGCUGACAAUGUGCAAAAGUUCGCGCACUACCCGUUCAUCUACAAUGUUGGCGGUACUUUGUAUUUGCUCUGGUCUUCCAGCAAGAGCGACGUGGACGCCAUGGGUCAAGAUGUGAAGAUUGCAUCGUCCAGCGACUCUGGACUCACUUGGUCAAAACCGGCUGUUGUGUUCCCUCCAUCGCUCCUGCCGAACCAGACAGAUUUCGAGGAUUCCAAGUACUGGUGUGAUCGGGGAAUUCCACAACGCGCAUGGCAGCCAUUGACGAUCGCAUUCCUUCCCAGCAGCGACGAGGGUUCGAUCAAAGCUUACGCUGUUGCGCAGUCGAGCGACAACAUCUGCCCUGGCAGCUACCAGUCUGCUGGCCGCAUUGCCCGACAGCUGGAUGCUAGUGGAUCUGAUGUGUUCAAAGGCGACCCAUGCUGGAUCGAGACCAACGAUUACACCGGUUCUCAUGGAUACGCAGAGACCGUAUACGGGACUGUGUAUGGAAUGAAGGUGUGCGACAAUAAGGACGAGAUCAAUGCUGCGAUCAAUAAGCCGGAUAACCUUGGUCCAGUGGCUACUGACUUGUUCAACUCGCCCAUCAUCGCUUCGGACGGCCAGCACAAUGUCAGCUACCCUACCAAAGCCGUAUGGGUCGGCGAGUCCAAUGACGGAUAUUGGCAACGAUUCUGGUCUGAUGUGUCUGUGAGGAACACCACUGGCUCUGCCUGGGUUGAGUACAGCACAGACAGGAAUGGAGCGAACUGGUUUCCAGCCACGACCAAUGGAGGUGCCAUUGAUGAGACCAACAUCUACCAGGAGGCCGAAAAAGCUCAUUACGGAGCGUUUGAUAGCCAAGAACAGCUUCGCUACUAUGUCUCCAACGCCGGGAUGAACGACAAGCUAGACCAGAUCAUCCUGACUGUCGCAACAUCCCGCGGUUCUGAUCCUGCUUUCAACAACAUUGGUAUUGUGCGUGGAGGUGAUGCGGAUUCGGUGGUCGAUGCGGGUACUCGUCCAGCUAUUCACAGUGGACUGCCAGGAUUCUACUGGCCAUCUGCUGCCGAGGUCGGUGACAAGCUUGCAGUUGCCUAUAGCGAGAACAGGCACACCAUCUGGGUCAGUGUGAUUCAGCUGGCCGACUUGCCGUAGAUGCGCUUGAGAUGAGUAGGGUGAAUUGGAGGAAAGUGAGAAUUUCUACAGGGUUUCAUUGUAUCAAGCCAAGGCUGUGAUGAAGACAGUGAGAAGCUCGCUACGACGGUAUUAGUACUCGCAGUAGUUUCGAUCCUCAGCCAAGACAGGAUGCAGCUCUGCCGCAAUCGAAUCGAUUCCCUUCACCUUUUCAUCCUAAAAGUAUUAUGGCCCAUGGCACUAGCUUCCAGUCCUCGG